UUGUUUUUUUUUUUUUUUUCAUUAGCAUAUAGUGUUUUGUGAUUGCAUGAGUGAUAUCGAUCAGCCUGAUACGUGCCAAAAAGGCACGAAAAAUUUUGUAAAGAAACAGAAAGUUGGGCAAGAACAUACGUCUUCAUUUUUGUAAGUUGUGAAGGCAAGGUCUGUGGGCCCACAUGAAAAGAAAAAAAAAAAAGCUGUAUGAGAUUAGUGAGUAAACAUGGGGGAUGGAGGACUGCUCUCACUCUCGUGGAAUAACCACAAGGCCACCUUCUGCCACAUUCUGUCAACUCUCCGGGAAAAGGAAAGAUACACAGAUGUGACGUUAGCGUGCGAAGGCAAGUUUUAUCCGGUACACAAACUGGUGCUAUCAACAUGUAGUGAAUACUUUGAGAGCAUGUUUGAGCACACCCCAUGUAAACACCCUAUCAUAGUGCUGAAAGAUCUAAAGAGUGAUGAGGUGGAGAGUCUCCUGAGCUACAUGUACGCUGGUGUGGUCAAUGUGGCUCAGAAUGACUUGGCCCGGCUGAUCAAGGCUGCUGAGCUUCUCAAGGUGAAGGGGCUGGCAGUACCUGACGAACCUCCCCAGGAAGUAGAGAACAGAAAGAACUCUCCCCCACGGAGCUCACGGGACGACCGCUCCAGCCCGCACCCCAAGAGGAGGAGAAGAGAUGACAGUGAUGGGGUGGCCGGGGAGCAGCAUGGCACCAACGCCAGCCCGCCCGCCUCCCCGAGAACCUCCCCCUACCACGCUGCCUCUGAGUUCCACCAGGAUAACUCAAGGACACACAAUGAGGGGCAUGUUAGUGAACACAGAACUGAGAAAAGCAUAGACAGAUUAGAGCAUGAUGUGAGAAGUGAUGCGAAGUCUACUGGUGACCUGAAUCCUGACCAACACAACCCUGCCAAGCCAUGCUCUCCACUACAGGUAAUGUUAGAAGAAACACUAGUCAAAGAGGAGAUAAUGGAUCACCUUCCUGAGGACAAAGAUAGCUUAAUGGGCUCUGGGAUGGACUACGGUUCCAUGACAUCUGAUGGUAGGCUAGAGAACUCCAGUAGUGAUGGAGGCACCCAAGAACACCAGCUGCUGAGUGCCAAGUAUGAGCAGCAGUCCCUCGCUCCCUCCCAGACACACCACCUGCCUGAAGCCGUUGUGGAGGCGCUGGCUGGGCCGUCUGGUAUGCAAGGGUGGCUGGGCGGUGGUGGUGACAUGAGCGGUACAUUCUCUGGCGUGGACAGUUAUGGUGGUGACAGCCGGCACCAGGACCUGCGGCAGCCUCUCCCCACACAGCAGCCUCAGGCACACCAAAUGGUAGGACCAGAGAGCAACGAUCAGAUGAGUGAUGAUGAACAGGGCGUCCGUGCUGCCCGCCCAAGACGUCGUGCCCCAUCCACCGACAAAAAGCACAAGUGUCUCUAUUGCUCUUAUAACACUAUUUACAUCACUAACUAUAAGAACCACCUCCGCACUCACACUGGGGAGAAGCCAUUUUCCUGUAACUACUGUGUGUACAAGACCACCACCAAAAAGACACUAGUGGAGCACAUCCGGACACACACGGGGGAAAAGCCAUACUCCUGCAACAUGUGCAGCUAUGGAGCAACCACCAAGCAAGGCCUCAACCGCCAUAUGCUGAUUCACACGGGAGAAAAGCCCUUUGCCUGUAAAUUUUGUCCGUACAGAGCAAGAGAGAAGAGUGCUUUGAGGAACCACAUGCUGGCAAUCCACACCCUGAAGCAGUAGUCAUGUUUGGCUGGCCUGCACAGAAGAGGCAGAGAGAGGAAAGGAAAUUGCUGGUUGUUCAAAUGAUUCCCUCAGUUUUAUGCAUUAUUUUACAAGGAAAUUAUUAAAGGGGGAGGAAAUGUAAUGGCAAUAGUUUUAACAUGUGGUAGUGUUUCCCAUACUUGCUUAUGUCCCUUGUGGUCACAAGGAAGUGGAUGCAUGUACAAAUUUGAUGCUUUGCUUUAAAGUUUCUUUUGAAGAUAAUUUGGUAGUUAAGAAAUAAUAUUGUUUUGAAAUUUAUUAAAGAGAAUUUAGGAAAGCAUGUUUUCUCCUACAAUUUAAAUUUUGUAUUUUUGCUGUCACAUUGGGUUGUUUGCCAUGCUGCUGAAAGCUUCUGACUGUCAAUCAGUGCAUAUUGCUUUAAUUGUAUGUGUUUGAAAUCAUUAGCUGACUGACUGGCACUAUAAAUAUCACAUUCAAAUAUGCUUUAUUUAUUAUUAGAUUUGUUGUGAUGUAUUGUGCACCCUAACCAAAGCUUUCCUGCUUCACACCUCACCUGUCUGUUGUGCUGCAGGCAUCCAGAUACACACCCGUCACACACACCUUUUUAUGGUUUGCAGCUUUACCUUUAUGGGGGAAAAUUGUAUGGUGUAUUGAAAACUGGCAAUGUUUGUGUGUGUGUGUGUGUGUGUGUGUGUGUGUGUGUGUGUAUGAGAGAGAGAGAGAGAGAGAGAGUACCACAUACUUUCAGCUGUAGUCAUCAAGAAGCCUCUCCGUGCCUCCUCUUGGCCUUCACUGGGACAGCUAAUGGUGCACUCAUAGUGCCCUUGUCUUAACCUACUUUUUUCUUUAUUAUCAUUAUUUUUUCUUUUUAUUAUUAUUUUUUUUUUAUUUGAUUUUCAAUAGGUUUAACAAUCAUCCUUCCCCUGACCUGAUUUCUCAUAGAUAUCAGUAAAAAAAAAAUAUUAUAAAAGUAUUGAUUCUUCAGAAAAACUGGAAACAAAUACCAUAAAUUAUUAUGUAAAUACACCUUUAUGACUGUUGAGACGUGCAAAUGGAGACAUCACCCAUGUUCACAGCCAUAAAGGUACAUGAACAUAAAUAUAAUUUUAUUUACUUAUUUAUUUAUGUAUCUAUUUAUUAAUCUAAUUAAAUUUCUUUAUUAUUUAUUUAUAUUAUACAUGUCAGAGGGAGUGGCUUAGUAAAAAAAGGAUAAAAGAUUUCACACACUUUUUGAUGUAGAUGGACUUCCUGCCUUCUUACAUGGUGUGCCUGUAUUGUAUUUUGUUCAUGAGACACACACUUACACAUGGUGGUUUCCUUCUGCAAGUGUGCUCUCUGCUAUAUCUUCAGUAGUGUGCAAUUAAUUUCCUGUGGGUGAUGCUAGAGGGUACUUCAGUUCUUGCUGGGUGAUUGUGAAAGUGUGGCCUCCUUGAAAAAAGUACAGACAUAAUGUGGAAAGGCAGAAAUGUUUCCUUCUAGAAUAAGCCCAGAAUUAUGAUGCAGUGGAAAAGGCAGAAAACAUGCCAUUUUAUUCUUCUCAUUCUUAUUGAUUUUAUUUAAUUUUACUUUAUUUUAUUUGGUUAUUUUAGCCAAUCUGGCAAGAGAAAAGAAUUCUUGAUUGAGGUCCAGAAUUGUAAUGUAAUAGAAAGGCAGAAAGCAUGUUGUUCUGAGUAUUUAUUUUAUUUGUUUUAAUUUGGUUUUAUUUGAUUUUACUUUCAUUUAUUUUAAUUCCUCCAGUGGGAGCGAGGCUUUGCUGGGGUUUCUAAUUUUGUUAGCACACAUCUCUACAACCCACCAUUCUGCCUGGCCCCUGGAGGGUACAAGGAUGAUUUGGCUAGGAACAUCUUUUGGUGUUCAUUGCACAUGAAAAUUACUAUUUCAGUCUCAGAAACAUCUUGAAGGUAACUUUUGACAGCGCAUCUUUCUUACUUUAUGACAUUUCUUCGUCAGAUCCACCACCGUUUUGCUGUACUUUGCAUAUUUCAACUUAUCCACAUGUGAGUGAAGGUUUCUGCCUUGCAUCUCGGCAAUCUUGCACACCUAUCACCUCAUCACUGCAGAUGGAGCUCGAGCGUGCAAAAUGCCAUAACUCACUGCAUACACAGAAUUGCCAAUUUUGGUUGACACCAUCAGACUCAGCAGUGACUGUAGAAUCAAGAUGUAUUGUAAAAACUUGGCAAAAAAAAAAAAAAAGUUACAACAAGUUGAACUAUGAAGAUGUUAAAAAAAAAUGUUUAUAACAUGUUUUACUUAUGCAGUUAUUUUCAACAGUUAAUCAUUGAAUGCUGAAAUAUGUUAUUACAUUAGGUAGGAAAGACUCUCGUGAACACAACAGUGUGAUCACAAUGCAGAUAAAUCUCCACAUAUUGAAAACACAGCGUCAUUUGUAGCAAAAUGUUACUUGCCACAACCAUCACGGUGGCAUGAUGUGGUGUUGGCAUGGCAUGUGCAGGCAGGGCUCCGAAUGACCAGGUCUGCGACACGUCGGAAAAUUAGAACCAACCAGCUGCAGGGGGAAAGUUGUUUAAGUUGCUUCACAGCUUAAAGCACCUAUUACCUGAACAUGGAAAAAAGAUUUCCUUGAAUAAGCCCAGAUCUCUAGUGUCAUGGAAAGGCACAGAACAUGCUAAUUUUUUUUUUUAUUUAUUUAUUUAUUUUGUAUUAUUUAUUUAUUUAUGUUUUUACUUUGUUUUAUUUAUUUAUUUCUAAUCAAUCUGGAAAGGCAAAAAAUGUCUUUGAUGAAGUCCAGAAUUCUAGUUUAGUGGAAAAGCAGAAAAUAUGCUAUUUUAUUAAGUUCUGUUUUUUAUCCAUCUGGAAAAAAUAAUAAUUCUUUGUUAAGGGCAUUGUUCUAAUGUCAUGGAAAGGCAGAAAACAUACAAUUUUAUUAAGUUCUGAUAUUUUUAAAAUUUAUUCAUUUAUUUACUUAUUUAUCUAUUUUAUUUUAUUUUUUAUUUUUAUUUAUUUAUUUUUUUUAUUUUACUUAAUAAUCCAUCUGGAAAGAAAGUCCAAUGUUGUAAUGUUGUGGGAAGGCAGAAAACAGAUUUUUCUUUAUAUGAUUUGUUUUGAUUUAGUUUCAUUUGGUUUUAUACUUUUAUUUUGCUUCAUUUAUUUGUAAUUAAUUUGGAAAGGAGAAAGAAGCCCAGAGUUCUUAUACAGUGGAAAAGCAGAAAACUUGCUAUUUUAUUAAGUUUUCUUUUUCGUUUUUCUUUUAUUUUAUUUUCCUUAUUUAUUUUUAAUCAGUUUGUAGGGAGAAAAAAAUCCUUAGAUAGGCCUGGAGUUGUAAUGUCAUGGAAAGGCAGAAAACAUGCUAUUUUAUUAAGUGCAGAAUUUUUAUUUAUAUUAUUUUUUUUUAUUUAGCUUGAUUUUUACUUUAUUUAUUUAUUUGUAAUCAGUCUGGUAAGAGGAAAUAGUCCUUGAUUAGGCCCAGAGUUUUAAUGUGGCAGAAAUGCAGAAAACAUGCUAUUCUAAUGAAUGCUAAAUUUUUGUUUGAUUUAAUUUAAUUUAUUUAAUUUAUUUAUUUAUUUAUUUUUAUUUAUUAUUAUUUAUUAUUUAUUUAUUUUUAUUAUCACUGGAAAAGGGAAAAAUCUGUGAUUAAGCCCAGAGUUCUAAUGUUAUGGAAGGCAGAAAUCAUUCUAGUUUAUUAAAUUCUGAUAUUUUUUUAUUUUACUUUAUUUUAUUUUGCUUUUCUAUUUUUAAUCUGUCUUGAAAGGAAAAAAUCUUUUGAUAAGCAUGGAGUUGGAUUCUGAUGGCAUGGAAAGGCAAAAAAUAUACCAUUUUAUUAAGUCCAUAUUUUUCUUUAUAUUAUUUGUUUUGAUUUGGGUUGAUUUUGACUUUACUUUAAUUAUUUGUAGUCAGUCUUGGAAGAAGGAAAAGUCCUUGACCCCAGAAUUCUAAUAAAAGAAAGGCACAGAACAUGCUAUUUUAAUUAAGUACUGGUUUUCUGCUUGUUUGAUUUGGUUUGAUUUUAUUUACUUUAUUUUACUUAAUUUUAAUUAAUCUGGAAAGGCAAAAAAAAUUUCUUGACUUCUUAAAUAUAGUUAAGUGGAUGAUUUUUUUUCAUUUUAAUUUUGGGACCAUAAUUGCAUUUGCUUGGGAAAGGAACUUGCUGACUUCCUUCAUGAGAAAAGAAAAGCAUGUUUUGUUUGUUUAGAUGAGCAUUGCAAUCACUCAAGAAGGGAAGAUGAAAAUGGUUCUUUAGGUAGCCAUGCAAGUGUGCCAAAAAUGAAACAAGCUGUGAAAAUUUCCUCACUGGACAUCGUAAUUCUGAAUGAGGUGGAAGUAUUUGACAGUGACUCUUUCCUAGGUAGGCUCGGCUUCUCCAUUGGGAAACAUGUUGCAGGAAUGCAUUAUACUUUGCUUGACAUGCUUGCAAUGCUGACUAUCACUGCCUUGUGUGUUCUGGGUUGGUACAUUUAGUUGCUGGAAGAUGUGCUCUGUUAUAUGAUCUCCAUUUGUGACCUGUCCUUGUAUAUAUUGAUGACAAAUCUGAGAGAGAGAGAGAGAGAGAGAGAGAGAGAGAGAGAGAGAGAGAGAGAGAGAGA